AAUGUAUAAUUUUUUCGUUUGAUUUCAACAUAUUCAUAUCGUGCUUACGGUUUUAAAGAAAAAUGUUUUCGAAAAAAUUGGAACGUAUGUACCAACCGCCGUCGGACUUGAAAAAAUACGACAAUGAGGGUUACAUGCAAAAUCCAUUGCUUAAGUUUCGACUCGCCGAUGUCCAGCGACAGCGACACUCGCGAUUUCUUAAAUACCGUGCCUCGGUCGAAAAAGUCAACCUAUGUCGCAAACCACUGCUGGCUGAGCCGGAUAUGCGUCUAUUGCCCGAAAACGAUUAUGUAGACAAUUUACGGCGUGAGGUUCGUAAGAUAGAAGUGCCGAAAAUGUUGCGAAAAACUGAAAAGAAAAUUCUCAGCUAUGCACCAAACCGAUUAAAAACCAAAUAUCCCGAACUUGUCGAUAACUAUAUGAAGGAUGUACAUGAGGAAUUCGACCGCCUUAUGAAGAUUUAUAGCAUGAAUUGCAUAUUAGUGCAUCCGGAGUUCGCCGAUGAAGAUCCAACGCAAUUUCUACUACCGCGAAAGGAUUUCCAUUUCAAAUUACCUGGAAGAACAGAAAACUAUCCAAAAUUCCUGGAAAAUAAACGUAAGAUUGGCAAAAAACUACUCAUUGUGUAUAUGCAAGUGCGUAUGAUCUUAAGCACCUCGGAACUGGAGUUCCCAAAAACAAUGGUUGUAUUAGAUCCGAUAACACUCGGCUCUAGUCAUGUACAAGCCAUAAUGGGGCUCGGUGGUCGAGAGGCAUUAUUUUACAAGACCUUCAUAAAAUAUGUGGAGACUUCUAUGGGAGAUGUAAACAAUUUUAUACGUUGGACUUGGUACCCUAAAAUGGUAUCGGUGAUUCGUCGACAAUUUCGCAAGCGUACAGUACCGAAUUGGCUGAAGUUGCGAAUGUUCAAAUGCUUGGAGGCGCUGAUGAACAGACAAAUAAAUAUGAUGAAAAUAAAUACAUUAAAUGAAUUCCUGCGUGUAGGCAGUACAGUACAGAAGAUACCGACGCUGAAAAUAAAUAUGAUUUACGAAGAGGAAGAAAAUACAAUCGAUCUGGAUCCGAGUUUGGAGACCAUAUAUGAUAUGUACGAACAUCUCGUGGAUUUCGCAGCAAGUGUUGCAACUGAAAUGGAACCAUUGGAACCUCAAAUCGAUUCAACCAUGGUCAACAGUGCUGCCGAUUACCUGCGUAUAUUCAUGAACGAGAAUUGGCUGAAUGAAUAUAAGGUAAAGCUGAGAAAUGUGCUGAAAAGCACAUAUGAACCCAUAGAAGAGUACAUUAUUGGCUAUAAAAAUAAAUAUUACAAUUUGUAUGCGGAAGAUGUGCGUGAAGAUCUUGAUGAGUUCUUGAGCGAAUCGCGCGUAUUUGAGGAAUACUUCAAGCGUAUCGAAACCUAUUUCGAGUUUAUACGGAUGCUACAAAGUGAACCGGAAAAUGAUUUCUUCGAAAUGUGUGUUGUUAGCAAUAAAUCGGCGAUUAUCGCACUACGACGUAUUGCUGAUGAUCUAAUCGCCCGCAUAACUGAACAAAUGGUCAAGGAGCACAUUAAGGCUGAAGAGGAAAUUUGCGCUGGUUUCGAAGAUAUAAAAACGAAGGCAUUAACCAUACCAAGAUCGACCGAAGAAUUACUUGCCAGCGCAGAAUAUAUGAUACUCGUGAAGAAGGAACUUAUAUUCGCGUUAAGAGAUCGCAUACAAUAUUGCCUGCAGGUUGGCACAAAUCUGGUUGAGUUGACCGAGAUGGAACCAUAUCAUUUCGAUCUUACCAUACGCACCAUCAAUUGGCUGCAGGAUAUUAAUGAAAUUUGUGAUUAUAACGCCUCACAGCAGGAACAUUACAAAUUCCUUUUCGAAGAACAUUUACAGGAUGUGAUAAAGAAAUUAAAUGAGGAUAUUGAGGCUAUGCUGCCAAAUUUGUCAAUUAUUGACGAUAUGAGCGUACCGGAACAGUUUCGUCAUAACUAUAUAUUGUUAAGAAAUUUUAUGGGUCAACUGAAGACGUUCGAUGAUUAUGUGAAAUGGAUCAAUAAAGAGGAAAAACUCUUUAAGAUGGCGCAGACAACAUACCCGAAAUUAGAAGUGAUGAAAGGAUUUAUAAUUCCCUUUGCCGAACUGAUGAAAUCUUGUAUUGAAUGGAUGCGUUAUUUGAAUGUCUGGAUGUAUGGACCGUUUGAAUAUCUGGAGCCAAAAUUUGUGGAAGAAACAACUGAAAACUUUUUAAAGGAGUUUCAAAAGAAUCAAAAAUAUUAUCGUGUAAAAAUUAGACAAGAUCAAAUUGAAACUCCAAUUUGCAUGUUUCGAGGUCAAACCGAGGAUCCAGAUCCAGAUAAACAUCCCGUACCAAUUCGACUUUGUACAAAAAUGAUUAAAACCAUAAAAGACUUCACCACUGGCGUGUUCAUAGUCAACAUUAUGUGCAAUCCGGCCUUACGUAAACGGCAUUGGAAGGAGAUGUCCGAGAUUGCUGGGUUUGAUAUAACUCCCGAUGCCGGUACUACAUUGAAAAAAAUCAUCGAUAUGAAUCUAGACACAAAGUUAGAUCAAUUCGAAAUUAUCAGUGUGGGCGCAAACAAGGAAUUGCAACUCCAGAAUAAUUUACAUGCCAUGAUAAGAGAAUGGGAUUCACGUUUAUUCCCGACUGGUCCAUAUAAAGACACCGGUGUUAUGAUACUCUCUAAUUUAGAUGAUAUACAAGCGCUGUUGGAUGAUCAUAUUUUAAAGACACUUACCAUGCGUGGUUCUGCUUUUAUGAAGCCAUGCGAAGACGAGGUUUUGGCGUGGUACGAUAAGAUAAUGCGCGUAAAUGCUACUCUCGACCAGUGGGGUAAGGUUCAGUCGAAUUUCUUAUACUUGCUGCCGAUAUUCUCCUCCAAAGAUAUUGUGGCACAAAUGCCAGAAGAAGGUCGUCUUUUCCAAAUUGUUGAGCAGACAUUUACGCGCAAUAUGGCAAUGGUGCUGCGUCAACCUUUAGUCAUGGAAACGGCGCCACAAGCUGGCCUCCUCGAAUCGCUGAUAAAAGCAAAUGAACUACUCGAUGAUAUCACAACCGGUGUUAGUAAUUACUUGGAGAAGAAAAGAUUGUUCUUUCCACGUUUCUUCUUCUUAUCGAACGACGAAAUGCUCGAAAUACUCUCCGAAACAAAAGAUCCACUACGCGUACAACCGCAUUUGAGUAAGUGUUUCGAAGGCAUUAAUCUUCUAGAGUUCGAUGCGGAAAAAAAUGUUCUCGCUAUGAUAAGUAGUGAUCAAGAGAAGGUGCUAUUUGUUGAUCAAGUAUCGACCGCAGCUGCUGGUGGUAGCGUGGAAAAAUGGUUGAUUGGAGUAGAAGCGGAAAUGUUGAAAGCCGUACGCAAUGAAAUGGAGCUCUCCUAUGGACAUUAUCCCAAGGUGCAACGUUUCGAAUGGGUCUUGCAUUGGCCGCAGAUGAUUGUGUUAUGCGUUUCCCAAGUCUAUUGGGCAUCCAUGGUACAUAUGAAUUUGCGACGCUCUGCACUGAAUCAAAUCGCUAUGAAUGACUUCUUUGGCAGUCUUAAUAGGGACUUGAACGACAUUGUCGCAUUAAUACGCUCAACACAUAUAAAUAACCUAAAUCGGAUUACCAUUAAAUCACUCAUUGUAAUUGAUGUACAUGCGAAGGAUGUCGUCGAAGAUCUGAUCCGCAUGAAGAUAAGCAGUGAGUUCGACUUUCAAUGGAUGGCACAAUUACGUUAUUACUGGGAGAAUGGGGACAGUCUGGUACGCAUUAUAAAUGCUACCGUCCCAUAUGCUAAUGAGUAUUUAGGAAAUUCCGAUCGCUUGGUUAUCACACCAUUAACUGAUCGAUGCUACCGCACGUUGGUUGGUGCGUAUCAACUACAUUUGAAUGGCGCGCCCGAAGGACCGGCUGGCACAGGUAAAACAGAGACCACAAAGGAUUUGGCCAAAGCGCUCGCCGUACAGUGCAAAGUAUUCAAUUGCUCUGAUGGCUUGGAUUAUAAAGCAAUGGGCAAAUUUUUCAAAGGUCUAGCGUCGUGUGGCGCUUGGGCAUGUUUUGACGAAUUCAAUCGCAUAGAGUUGGAAGUGCUUUCGGUGGUGGCGCAACAAAUUUUACUUAUCAUACAAGCAGUGCGUGCUAAGGCGGUGAAAUUUAAUUUCGAAGGCACAGAGUUGACAUUGAAUCCGGCAUGUUAUGUUUGCAUUACCAUGAAUCCAGGCUACGCUGGUCGCUCUGAGUUGCCCGACAAUCUGAAAGUACUUUUCCGUUCCGUGGCAAUGAUGGUGCCGGACUACGCCAUGAUAGGUGAAAUCUCAUUAUAUUCCUACGGUUUUGUGGAUGCAAGAAAGUUAUCUGUUAAGAUCGUCACUACAUAUCGCUUGUGCUCGGAACAAUUGUCGAUGCAAAAUCACUACGAUUAUGGCAUGCGCGCCGUCAAGACUGUGCUCUCCGCAUGCGGUAAUCUUAAGAAGAAAUUCCCCAAUGAAAUGGAGGAUAUACUGCUAUUGCGUUCACUGCUCGAUGUUAAUUUACCGAAAUUUAUGUCCUUCGACAUACCACUCUUCGAGGGUAUCAUUUCGGACAUAUUCCCUGGUGUUGUAUUGCCCGAAACCGAUUAUAGUUUGAUUGAGACAGAGUUCGUGAGAAUUUGUGGUGAAAUGAUAUUGGAGCCGACCGAAAGUUUCCUCACCAAGGUUAUUCAAACGUAUGAAAUGAUUAUUGUGCGACAUGGAUUUAUGAUGGUGGGCGAACCGCUGGCAGGUAAGAGUAAAACGCUACAAGUGUUAGCCCACGUACUUUCGGCGCUUAAAAUUAAGGCGCCCAGUAAGAGUCAAUACUUCCAACACGUACAAAUGGGUAUAAUGAAUCCGAAAUCAAUAACUAUGAAUCAACUGUACGGCUCUUUUGAUCCCGUCUCGUAUGAAUGGAAUGAUGGUAUUAUAGCAAAAAUAUUUCGUGAAUUUGCGAUGACGCCCACACCAGACAGGAAAUGGGUAAUCUUUGAUGGACCAGUCGAUGCAGUUUGGAUUGAAAAUAUGAACACUGUCUUGGAUGAUAAUAAAAAGUUGUGUCUCAACUCCGGCGAAGUUAUAACAAUGAGCAAUGAGAUGUCUAUGAUAUUUGAGGUAAUGGAUUUGGCGCAAGCCUCACCGGCCACAGUCUCCCGUUGUGGCAUGAUAUAUAUGGAAACUGCCUCUUUGGGUUGGCGUUCUUUUGCAAAUUGCUGGCUAAGAAAAUGCAAUCCCAUUUGGGCAGAUGAAGAGACACAGGAAUAUAUAAUGGAGUUUCUAAAAUGGCUCCUUGAACCGUGUCAAGCCUUCAUACGCAGAAACUGCAAGGAACACAUAAAACCAGGAGAGUUCAACUGUUUAACUACAACAUUUGAUAUAAUCGAGAUGUUGCUAGAUAAUGCCGUUGUCGAGAACCCAGAUGAAUAUCAACGCCAUAUGCCCAUCUACGUACAAGCCAGUAUACUUUAUUCGUUUGUUUGGGGUUUAGCUGGUGUUCUGGAUACUGGAUCUAGGGAAAAGUUUGAUGCAUUUAUAAAAUCCUUGUGGCUGAGUGAAGAUAUACCUGAGAAAAUUGGGAAAUUAGAAAUAUCUGUGCCUGUGGAAGGACUACUCGUUGAUUAUGUAUAUGUAUUCAAGCAACGUGGCGCGUGGAAAUCUUGGACAGAAUUGGCUAAACGUAUGGAUGUCGAAGAAAACUCAAUGGGAGUUCAAGUGCCAACAAUAGAUACGGCUAGAUACAUCCAUAUACUGGAAAUGCAUAUAAAGAACAAUAAAAAGAUGUUACUCGUAGGACCAACUGGUACAGGAAAAAGUGCCUAUAUUCAAAACUACUUGAUGAAUAAAAUUGAUCGGGAUGCCAUCGAAUCAGCGUUUAUGACUUUUACGGUUAUGAUUACAGCAAAUCAAACACAAGAGCUGCUUAUCUCUAAGCUUGUGAAGUGGAAGCGCGGCAUUUACGGCCCUCCGAAAGGAAUGAAAACUGUGCUCUUCGUUGACGAUAUGAAUAUGCCAGUGAAAGAGAUAUAUGGAGCGCAGCCUCCUUUGGAGUUGUUGCGUCAAUACUUUGACUAUGGUCACGUGUACGAUCUGAAGGAUACUUCGAAAAUUUUCAUAAACGAUCUAUUGGUCCUGACGGCUUGUGGCUUGCCUGGCGGUAGUCGACAGGAUGUAUAUGCUCGUUUCCUGAAUCAUUUCAAUGUCUUCUCUAUCAAUACAUUUGGCGAUGAUACCAUGAAUCGUAUAUUUGUGAAUGUGUUAAUGAAUGGAUUCAAACGUUCUGGCCAUGGUAAUGAUGUGUUUGCCUCCACAAAUCAAAUCGUCAACGCCACCCAACAGAUUUAUAAAAGUGUACAGGCCGAAUUGAGAGCCACGCCGGCUAAGUCCCAUUAUAUAUUCAAUCUGCGGGAUAUUGCACGCGUUGUGAGCGCUUGUGCGCUUUUCAAAAAGGAAUCGGUUAGUGAUAAGAAAAUGUUUCCGCGCUUGUGGUAUCAUGAGGCUAUGCGUGUCUUUUAUGAUCGUCUUGUCGACGAUGCCGAUCGUGAAUGGAUGUUUCAGAAGUUCAAUGAUUGUAUCAAGAAUAAUUUUAAAGAGAAAUUGGAAACGGUCUUUGAAAAUUACUGCACCAACGUGGGUGGAGAAAUGACCUUCACCAUAGAGGGUGCACAUCGUAUAUUUUUCGGUGCAUUUAUGGAUGAGGAUAAUUUACCUGAUGAACGACGUUAUGAGGAGCUGCCUUCAAUGGAGGUAUUCUUUAAAUAUGCUGCCACCAGCUUAGAGGAUUACAAUUCUACGCGUCGUUCGAAAAUGGACAUCACCUUAUUUACAUUUGCUCUGGAGCAUCUAAAUCGCAUCUGUCGUAUUAUUGCCAUUAAUGGUGCCAGUGCUCUGCUAAUCGGCAUGGGCGGCUCAGGCAGACAAUCGCUUACCAAGUUGGCUUCCAACAUGGUGCAGACGUCAUUCUUUCAGCCCGAGAUCACAAAGAAUUAUGGUCCAAAUGAUUGGCAUGAUGACAUAAAAAAUAUUAUGAAGGAAUCUGGUGGCCUAAAUAAACACACCGUAUUUCUAAUGACUGAGAAUCAGAUAAAAAUGGAGCUGUUCCUACAGGACAUCGACUGCCUGCUGAAUCAGGGCGAAGUGCCCAACGUUUACGCCAUUGAUGAGAAGCAAGAAAUAUUGGAAUUAGUGCGUUUAGCAGCGCAAGGCGGUAACCGCAAUAUAGACAUAUCGCCACUGCAGGUUUUCUCAUUUUUCGUUAAUCGCUGCAAACAGAAAUUGCACAUUGUGCUCUGUCUGUCGCCAAUCGGCGAUGCGCUGCGUACGCGUGUACGGUUAUAUCCCUCAUUGGUAAGCUGUUGCACCAUUGACUGGUAUCAGAGUUGGCCUGAGGAAGCCCUAACAAUGAUUGCUAAAAUAUCUCUAGAAGGAGUCAAUGUACCCUCGACAGACAUCAAAGAUUCUAUUGUGCAAAUAUGUCAGUAUUUCCAUAUAAGCGCAGCGAAAGUUUGCAGGGAAUUCUGUGAGCUUACAGGUCGUCACAUAUAUCAGACCAACGCUUCGUUUCUAGAGCUAAUCAAGUCUUUUCAAAAUUUGAUUGGCCGUAAACAAAAGGAAAUCAUGGAGGCCAAAAUGCGUUAUAUCGGCGGCUUGGAUACUCUAGCAAAUGCGGCGGCAGCUAUUGCGCUCAUGCAGAAAGAAUUGAAUGCACUGCAGCCUCAGCUGGUGGCGCUUGCUGAGAAGUCAAGACAAAUGUUGAUUGAAAUCAAUAAGGAAACAAUAGCUGCUAGCGUCGCAGCGGAACAAGUUAAAAAGGACGAGGCGGUAGCUGCUGUACAGGCUGAAGCAGCACAGGGACUCAAGGAUGAGUGUGAAAAAGAUUUGGCGCAGGCUAUACCGGUGCUUGAAGAGGCAAUACAGGCGCUAAAUACUCUGAAGCCGGCCGAUAUUACUUUGGUCAAAUCUAUGAAAAACCCACCACCCGUAAUAAAACUUGUCAUGGCUGCGGUUUGUGUUAUUAAAGGAGUGCCGCCUGAGCGAAUACCCGACCCCAGUACGGGUAAAAUGGUAAACGACUACUGGGGUCCAAGCAAACGCAUAUUGGGUGAAAUGAACUUCCUACAACAACUGAAGGACUUUGACAAGGAUAAUAUUAAGCCCGAGAUUAUGGCGCGUAUACGUAAAGAGUUCAUACCGAAUAAAGACUUUCAGCCGAAAAUAGUUGCUAAAGCAUCUAGUGCGGCCGAAGGUCUAUGCAAGUGGAUCAUAGCGAUGGAUUUGUAUGAUAAUGUCGCAAAGGUGGUAGCGCCCAAAAAGGCGAAGUUAGCCGCGGCCGAAAAGGAAUACUCGGACACAAUGAAAUUUUUAAACGAAAAGCGCGAACUUGCCGCGGCGCUUGAAGCGAAGGUCGCUAAACUCAAUGAGGAGCUGGACAAUGCUAAUGCCGAAAUGAAGCGCACACAGGACGAGGCGGACUUCUGUCAAAGCAAGUUGGAGCGUGCAACAGCACUUAUUGACGGUUUAGGAGGUGAAAAGGCGCGCUGGACUCAAGCAGCAGAAAAUUUACAGGGAAUUUACGAUAACUUACCCGGAGAUAUACUACUCUCGUGUGGUAUUAUUGCAUAUCUCUCUGCUGUAAAUCUAUACUAUAGAACCAAGUGUACAACGGAUUGGUUCAAACGUUGUACCCAGGCUGGUAUACCAACUUCUAAGGAAUAUAAUAUAACUACAACACUGGGUUUAGAGAUCACUAUACAGAAUUGGAACAUUAAUGGAUUGCCAAAAGAUGUUUUCUCCACAGAGAAUGCCAUCAUAGCCGAUAGUUCAAGUCGUUAUAGUUUAUUUAUAGAUCCACAAGGGCAAGCUAAUAGUUGGAUUAAAAAUAUGGAAAGAAAAAAUCGCCUAAGUAGUGUGAAGUUCAAUCAAGCUAACUAUAUGAAGGUCAUUGCUGAGUGCAUGGAAUAUGGCUCACCCGUGAUUAUUGAAAAUGUACUGGAGGAAUUGGAGGUUCCACUCGAUCCGAUAUUGAUGCGCAAAACCUUUAAACAGGGCGGCCAGAAUUUUAUAAGUUUGGGAGAUAAUAUUGUACCGUUGAGUGAUAAUUUUCGUCUUUACAUGACUUGUAACUUGAGGAAUCCACACUUCCUGCCCGAGACCUUUAAUAAAGUGACUAUAAUUAAUUUUGCUUUGACACAGAACGCACUGGAAGAUCAGCUUUUAAGCAUUGUGGUCGCGAAGGAACGUCCCGAUUUGCAGGAGUUGCGUAUGAUGUUGAUAAAUGAGGCGGCAAAAAAUAAGGCUGCUCUCAGGGAUGCUGAAAAUAUGAUACUGAAAACCUUAUCCUCUGCAGAGGGUGACAUUUUGGAAAAUGAGAGCGCUAUACAAAUUCUGAACGAAUCUAAGGAACUGUCAUUGGAUAUAGUUGCAAAACAGGCUGCGUCGCGUGAAACUGAAAUGAAAAUUGAAGCGUUCAGAUUGAAUUACAAACCUGUGGCAGUUCAUUCUUCGGUGCUUUAUUAUUCAAUCACCGACCUGCCCAACAUAGAUCCAAUGUAUCAAUUUUCGCUUAAUUGGUACAUUAAUCUCUACGAGUAUUCCAUUGAGAGUGCAAAUAAGUCUAAGGAUCUGCCGCGUCGCAUAAAGUUCCUAGUGGAUGGUGUGACAAGAAAUUUGUACAAUAAUGUUUGCCGUUCGAUAUUUGAGAAGGAUAAGCUAUUGUUUUCCUUCAUACUCACCUGUCGAAUUCUAUUAGGCACAGGUCAACUAAGGAUGGUGCAACUAUCACAUUUACUUACGGAUGCUAAAGAAUCGGACAGAAUCUCAACUAAUCCCGAUCAAUCUUGGAUUACGGAUAUUUUAUGGAUGAACGUUGUGCGUUUGGAAGAACUACCUGAACUGCGGGGCUUUGCAGCCAGCUUUGCUAAGGGGCUUAAUGACUGGAAGCGUAUCUAUGAUCAUGUUGAGCCCGAAAACCAGGUUAUACCCUCACCCUGGAAUGAGAAGUUAACACGUUUCGAAAAGAUACUUGUUUUGAAAGCAUUACGUCCGGAUAAAGUGUUUAUAGCCAUUCGUAACUUUAUCGCUGCGGAAAUGGGUACACAAUUCGUAACGCCGCCCGAGUUCGAUAUUGGCAUGUCCUAUAAGGAGUCCAACGCGCUGACACCGUUAAUUUUCAUAUUAUCGCCAGGUGCAGAUCCCCUCGGUUCGCUGUUAGCGUAUGCAGAGAAGGCUGGCUUCAUGGAAACUUUUCAAAGCAUAUCACUGGGUCAAGGACAGGGUCCCAUCGCCUUGGGUCUUAUUAAAGACGCACAGGAUUUGGGUUAUUGGGUUUGUUUACAAAACUGUCACUUGGCUGCUUCUUGGAUGCCGACACUGGAAUAUGCCUGGGAAAAUAUGGACACAUUCAACACCUCACCCAGUUUUCGUUUGUGGUUAACAAGCUAUCCGACACCGAAAUUUCCUGUUGCUUUAUUACAAAAUGGAGUGAAAAUGACUAAUGAACCGCCUACUGGUCUCAAGGAGAAUAUCAUGCGUUCGUACAACUCAGAACCAAUAAACGAUCCUACUUUUUACUUAGGUUGUGCCAAACAGGAUCGAGCAUUCACUCGCCUACUCUUCGGUAUUUGUUUCUUCCACGCAGUAGUCCAGGAGCGUCGAAAGUACGGACCUUUGGGAUGGAAUAUCUCAUAUGGAUUUAAUGAAUCCGAUCUUCAGAUAUCCGUUUUGCAACUCAAUAUGUUGCUCAAUCAGUAUGAUCACGUGCCUUACGAUGCUUUGUCAUAUUUGACUGCCGAAUGUAAUUACGGCGGUCGCGUCACAGAUUAUUGGGAUCGCCGCGCCAUUAUUACUAUACUAGCCGAUUACUUAAAUGCUGACGUAGUCAAUGAUAAUCGAUACCGAUUCGCAACAGACGAUCGCUUCAUAUUGCCACGCAAGACGGAACACCGUGAGAUAUUACGUUAUGUUGAUGAAAAUUAUCCUUCAUUAGCUGCACCGGAAGUCUAUGGGCUGCAUGGCAAUUCAGGCAUAACUCGGGAUCUACAAACUACUAGAACACUACUAGAUUCCAUGGUUGCAAUUAUUGGCAGCGAAAUGGCCACCACCGGUGCCGGCACGCAGAGUCAGGACGAAACAUUGUUGCAGACCAUAAAUCAUAUAGCAAAAACUAUGCCCUCUGAUAUGGAUAUUGAUCAUGCCAAAGCUAAGUAUCCGGUUAAUUAUAAUGAAUCCAUGAACACGGUAUUGGUGCAGGAGAUGGAACGUUUUUUGAAAUUACAAAAGGAGAUACGCGCCUCGUGCCGUGAUCUCGAUAUGGCUAUAAAAGGAAUUGUUGUAAUGACACCCGAAUUGGAGAAUGUGCUGAAUGCAAUUAAAUUAAAUCGUAUACCAGUCAAAUGGCUAUCCAAAUCAUAUCCGAGUUUGAAGACUUUGGGCUCCUACAUCAAUGAUUUAUACAAGCGUCUGGAUUGGCUGCAGCAUUGGUAUGCGCACGGUAAGCCGCCAACGUUUUGGUUAUCGGGGUUUUUCUUCACCCAAGCUUUUCUGACUGGCGCCAUGCAGAACUUUGCACGGAAGUAUAAAAUUCCAAUAGACACUUUAACGUUCGACUUCGAGGUGUUAUAUGAAGAAAGCAUGGAAUCUCCCCCUGCGGAUGGUGUUUAUGUAAACGGACUCUUUCUUGAAGGCGCUCGUUGGAAUUUGAAAAACAACAUUAUUGACGAACAACUACCAAAAGUGCUCAUUUAUACAAUGCCAGCCAUUUAUUUUAAACCCAUGGUGAUAUUAAGCCUGAUCGAAGGAACACGAUACAAAUGUCCCUUAUAUAAAACAUCUGAACGUAAAGGGGUACUCUCAACUACAGGCCAUUCAACGAAUUAUGUAAUACCAAUUCUUUUGAAAACGAAAGUCAAGGCCACGCAUUGGAUUAAACGAAGCGCUGCUUUAUUAUGUCAAAAAACCGAUUAAUUUUUAUUUGUUAUCCCUUAUGCGUAUAAGCAUUAUUUUUAUUAGUUAUGUAUAUA